AUGAAAAUCAUUUUAGCCUUUCUGUUCAUUGCUCCCUUUGCUCUUGCAGCUAGAGUGGAGAAGGAUUAUUUCUCCGCUGAUUCUGCUGCAUCUCACGAGAUGAAAUCAAGAUUUGCCAUGCUGGAUGACGUACGAAUCUUGGCCAAUGGACUCCUCCAGCUUGGGCAUGGUCUGAAAGACUUUGUCCACAAGACCAAGGGGCAGAUGAAUGACAUCUUUCAAAAACUGUAUAUUUUUGAUAGGUCCUUUUACGAGCUCUCCCUGCAAACUAGUGAAAUCAAAGAAGAAGAGGAACAGCUCAGGCAAACCACGGCCAGACUGCAAAUCAACAAUGAGGAGAUAAAGAAUCUCUCACAGGAGAUGAAUCUGAAGAUUGAAGAUCUCAUACAGAACAAAAUCCAGCUGCAAGAGAAAGUGUGGGGCCUGGAGGACAAAGUCACCAAACUGGCCAUUAUCCAACCUUCCACGCAAGAGACAAAAGAGAUUUCUUCACUCAGAGCUUUUGUGGAGCAGCAGGACAAUGACAUCAAGCAUCUUCUCAAAACUGUGGAGGACCAGCACAUGCAACUGGACAGGCAGCACAACCAAAUAUUGGAGCUGGAGGACAAGCUAAACCACAUAGAGCUCCAGGAACUCACAGAGAACUCCUUCACACGGGAGCAAACAGAACCAGAGAGCAUCCCCUUUCCUGUGCCAAACACCACAGCUGGAACACACAAAUCUGAUGGUGCUGCUCCUGACUGCACUGCUCUCUACCACAGAGGUGAGCAGCUCAGUGGUGUUUACACUAUCAAGCCCAAGGGCUCAGAAGCUUUCAGCGUCUACUGUGAGAUGAAAUUUGGCACUGCCUGGACUGUAAUCCAGAACAGAGUGGAUGGAUCACUGGAUUUCAACCAAACCUGGGAUGCCUACACAAAUGGCUUUGGUGACCUCAAUGAGGAAUUCUGGCUGGGUCUGAACAAGACCUAUUCCAUCACUCGACAAGGGAACUACAUCUUACGGAUCGAGCUGCAGGACUGGAAGGAAAACAAGAGGCACAUUGAGUACCUGUUCAGCCUGGGGGGCUCCAACACCAACUACACCCUUCAGCUGUCCCGGAUCUCCGGGAGCAUCCCCAACGCCCUCCCAGAGCAGACACAACUGCGGUUCUCAACUCCAGACCGGAAUGUGGACACAAUCAGUGACUUCAACUGCCCAGAAAACUACCUAGGAGGCUGGUGGCACAGUGAAUGUGAGGAAACCAACCUGAAUGGGAAAUAUGUCACGCCAAGGUCCAGAGGAAGACUAGACAGAAGAAAAGGUUUAUAUUGGAAGCCUAAGAAAGGAAGAUACUACUUGCUCAAGUCAACCAAGAUAAUGAUACACCCAACAGAUUUGAAAAGCUCUGACUUUUUAAAAGCCCAACCUGAUGCAUUUUAA